AUGGCUCCGUCAUUCCCAUCAUCUCCAAUGCCAUCUCCAUCGCUCACGUUCCCAUUGACUCCACCAUCCCUGUCUCCACUGCCCCCAUCAUCUCCAUCCUCCCCGUCUCCGUCCCCCCCAUCUCCACUAUCAUCUCCACCUCCAUCAUCUCCAUCGUCCCCACCAUCUCCAUCGUCCCCAUUGUCCCCAUCCUCAUCGUCCCCAUCAUCUCCACCUCCAUCAUCC